AUGGGAGUUGCUGCGCCGACUGCUGUUCACGAGGUGAGACAGCUCACGCAGCUUCUGGACAGAGAGAGAGAAAAAGGUGCCGUAUGAGAUGAGACUAUAAAAAUCCUGAAAGAUUGCAAAGUCUUACUCCAAGGGGACUGUUCAAGAAGGAUUGUGAAGCAGUCCAAAGUGGAUAUUUCAGAUCACUCAGCUGAUGAUUCAGAUGUUCAUGACACCUCUGCCUUUUCUGACUCUUCGAUGGAUUCAACUCCCAAGAGAGGCCCAGUGAAACAGAAGAGAUCUGCUCCGAAACACUCACAUAAAGUGCACAAACAGAUUGGAAGGAACACAACAUCAUUGAUAACAAAUACACAUUCAUUAAAACUUGUGUCAGUGGAUUGUCUGUUAUUCCUGAAUGUUUAUUUAACCACAUUUAAUGUGCCUCCCGCCUUUGAGACUGUUGGACUGGACCGGACCACGAUUGCCCGUACAGCUCCAGUUGCCGAGCUGCAUCUGGCAGCGCCAGACAUUCUUGCAGAGAGGGUAGAGAAGCUGUCCUCUUUUGUCGAGAGAUGCCGCUCUGCCAUGACCACGAAUGAUGAAAAUAAGAUCUCACACAUGAAAAUGGACAGAGAGCUGUUGCCCAUUGCUGGUCCUAAGUAAGAAGUUACUCCGCUUGAUAUUGCUGCUCUUCUUUGUUAUUA